AUAUUUGCCCAACACCAGUUGGUAUCGCAGAAGAGGGAAAUUGGAAAGGGCCACUAUCGAAGUGCCAAGGCAAUGCAUACAUUGAAUUGUUGUCUUCCUCAAGAAUAAAAGAGCAACAAAGCGUGCUCUGUCAUUCACUGAAUGGCAAAUUUAUCCUCUUCUCUUAAGAACCGUUACACGUUAACCCUCGUUUUGUUCCUCGUUUUGUUCCUCUUAACCAUUUUCCUUUUUACUAAACGUGCUCUCGAGCCUUCUCUCUCCCUCUACAGAGAUUUCUUUCCACAAACCCAUUUUCACCUUUCCGCACCCGAUUCCGUCCCUUCGGACGCCCUUUAUCAACUCGUAUCUCCAAUUUCUGAAAACGUUUCCGACGCGGUUUCUGGGGAACUUCCUGUUGGAAAAGACAAGGAGGAUGCCAUUUCUGAUUCUGAGGUUGUUGGUGCACCCGCCCAACAGCCGACGUCUCCGUCUUCUACAAAUAGACCUAUGGAGUCUAAAGCUUAUGAUGAGUCAAUUAAUGGGCAGAUCUCCACUGCAAAUAAGGAAGCCCAAGUUCCUUAUUCUGAGCCUGUAGCUGUGGGUGACAAUGGUUCCCACAAACUGAUUCAGAAUGGUAAACAUUGUGAUUUGUACAUGGGAACUUGGGUUAAAGACGAGGAAUACCCAAUUUACAGACCGGGUUCUUGUCCAUAUGUUGACGAGGCUUAUGAUUGCCAAAUCAAUGGAAGGAAAGAUUCCGAUUAUCUUAAAUGGAGAUGGAAGCCAGAAACUUGUGACCUGCCCAGGUUUAAUGCAACAGAUUUCUUGACAAGAUUGAGAGGUAAGAGGCUUAUGCUCAUUGGAGAUUCCAUGAACCGGAACCAGUUUGAAUCAAUGCUAUGCCUGCUCCGGGAAGGCCUGCCUGAUAAGAGCAGAAUGCGGGAAAUACAUGGCCACAAAAUAACAAAGGGAAGAGGCUAUUAUGUCUUCAAAUUUAUGGAUUAUAACUGUUCAGUGGAGUUUGUGAGGUCACAUUUCCUUGUAAGGGAAGGGGUUCGCAUCAAUGCACAGGGAAACUCAAAUCCAACUUUAUCCAUUGACCGAAUUGACAAGACAUCAGGUCGGUGGAAGCGGGCUGACAUUCUUGUUUUUAAUACUGGGCAUUGGUGGACUCAUGGAAAAACUGCUCGUGGAAAAAAUUACUACAAAGAAGGUGAUCAUCUCUAUCCACAAUUUGAUGCAGUUGAGGCUUACAGAAGGGCUCUGAGGACCUGGGCAAAGUGGGUUGAUCAGAAUGUUGAUCCUGCGAAGCAAUUGGUCUUCUAUCGAGGAUAUUCAUCUGCUCAUUUCAGAGGUGGGGAUUGGGACUCAGGAGGGACAUGCAAUGGAGAGACCGAACCAAUAUUGAGAGGUGCCAUGCUCGGUAACUACCCUAUGAAAAUGAAGAUAGUAGAGGAGGUAAUCCGGGAAAUGCAUAUACCAGUGAAACUAUUAAAUGUGACAAAGUUGACCAAUUUUAGAAAGGAUGGACAUCCAUCAGUCUAUGGCAAGAACCUAACUGCAGGGAGAAGAGUUUCCACAAGACGGCAAGACUGUAGCCAUUGGUGUCUUCCAGGGGUUCCUGAUGCAUGGAAUGAGUUGAUAUAUGCCACACUGGUUUUUGGACAAAGUUUUUCCACAAAAUAAGGAGCUUUGUCAUUCGCAGUAUAAAAAAUGGUUGAGGAGGUCGUGCCACAGCAGCUUGUGAGAACCCCCUGAUGUGAUGAAAAAUCUGAAUGUUCAUGUGCAUUGUUCCAAUGUUUGAAUGUCACAUGCACAUGCACAUGCACAUGCACAUGCACAUGCACAUGCAUGGACGUCCAUGUGGGGAAGUAAGAUAGUAACUGAUGAUGCUGGUGAAAGAAACACUUUUGUUUCUGAUUAGUUCUUUGCUAUUGGAAUCCCGAUUGAUUCUUCGUUUGCAGGCGUAUGCAUGGUUCACUCCGGGUUCCGAGUCUUUUCUGGGAGGAAUUGUUUACUUUUUUGUCUGUGGUAUUGUGGUGAAGUGGUGUAAGUGACAGCUUUAGCGCACCAUACUAAGUUAAUCUCUUUAAUCCGAUCGAUGAUAAACCAUCUAUCAAUCCAUGUGUGUGCAUUGUCUGCCUUUGAGAAAAUAAAAUAUAAACCUUCAAUUUUGGAAUGAAAAUAUUUCUUUCAGGGUC